UCAAGCAGUGCACUUACGGAACAUUUGAUUUUCAGUUGUAGUCCAGUUAACAAAUCAUUUGAAUCGGGUGGUCCCUUAAAGGAGGCAGUUCCCUUAAUUGCAGUUUCAGAUUGGCUGGGUAAUUUUUUAUUUUUUUUUUGGUCUCUAUGUAAAAUGCUACUUGAGUUGUAAUAACGUUCCACAAUCACCUGCAUGCAACAAUUAUUUCAAGUUGGGGUGACCCCGCUGCUACUUAUACUGCUGCUGCGGGAGCACAAGGAUUGAAAAAAAAAAAAAAAAAAAGAAACCCGAAAUUUAAAGCAGAGGUAAACUAAACCAGAAGAAAUCACCAUGACCGAGAAAAUGGUAUCGAGAUGGUAUUUUGGAGGACUUGCGUCUUGCGGAGCGGCGUGCUUUACGCACCCCCUUGAUUUGAUAAAGGUACACCUGCAGACUCAGCAGGAGGUGAAGAGUCGCAUGACCGGGAUGGUGAUUCACGUGGUCCGCAGCGACGGUGUGCUGGCACUCUACAGCGGCCUGAGCGCCUCCCUCUGCAGACAGAUGACGUACUCCCUGACCCGCUUUGCAAUCUACGAGACGGUGAGGGACAGGAUCUCGAGCGGGAGCGCAUCACCCCUCCCCUUUUACCAGAAAGUGCUGCUGGGGGCCUUUGGAGGUUUUACUGGUGGCCUCAUAGGAACACCUGCAGAUCUGGUCAAUGUGAGAAUGCAAAAUGAUGUGAAGCUUCCUGCACACCUCAGGAGAAAUUACGCCCAUGCACUAGAUGGGUUAUACAGAGUAUGGCAUGAAGAGGGGCUGAGGAGGCUGUUUUCAGGAGCAACUAUGGCCUCCAGUAGAGGAGCUUUAGUCACAGUUGGGCAGCUGUCUUGCUAUGACCAAGCCAAACAAGCAGUCUUAAGCACUGGCAUUUUAUCAGACAAUAUCUUCACCCAUUUCCUCGCCAGCUUUAUUGCUGGUGGCUGUGCCACGUUCCUGUGCCAACCUCUAGACGUCAUGAAGACCAGACUGAUGAACUCCAAAGGAGAAUAUCGGGGCGUCAUGCACUGUCUGAUUGAGACGGCAAAGUUGGGACCCAUGGCUUUUUAUAAGGGUCUAGUGCCAGCUGGAAUUCGAUUGGUCCCUCACACAGUACUCACCUUCAUCUUCCUGGAGCAGUUGCGCAAGAACUUUGGGAUGAAAGUAAUCGCCUGA